AUGGGGGCAAGAUUGGAACAACAGCCAAUUCGACGGGAAGUCCCUGAAGAACAACCUAGGAGAGUGAUAAUGGUCAAUAGAGACCAGGAUGCAGACGAAGUAAUUCAUAGGGUCAGGCGGGAAAACAUGAUGGAAAAUGACUUAACCAGUAUGAUAGAGAGAAUCAUGCCCCAGAAUGGUCUGAAUACAGGACUUAGACGGCCAAAUUAUUCUUCUCCUUUAUCAGAAUAUGUUUUGCAAACAGAAUUACCAAGGGGUUGUAAAAUCCCUAAGUUCACCAAAUUCUCAGGGGAUACUAGUGAAUCCACUAUAGAGCACAUAGCCAGAUACAUGACUGAGGCAGGGGAUUUGGCGAACAGUGAGAACCUAAGGAUGAAAUAUUUCCCUAGUUCUUUAACAAAGAACACCUUCACGUGGUUUACAACUUUGCCACCAAAUUCCAUAGAUGCUUGGCCCCAGUUAGAAAGAUUGUUUCAUGAACAAUUCUACAUGGGCCAAACUAAGAUAAGCCUUAAGGAAUUAGCCAGCAUCAAAAGAAAAUUCACCGAACCUAUAGAUGACUAUCUGAAUAGGUUCCAUUUGUUGAAAUCUAGAUGCUUUACAAUAGUGCCUGAACACGAGUUGGUCGAAAUGGGCGCUGGAGGUUUAGACUAUUCCAUCAGGAAAAAGUUAGAUACCCAGCAUCUAAGAGACAUGGCCCAAUUAGCAGAUAGGGUUCGACAGGUCGAACGCUUAAAAUCUGAAAAGGCCAGAGCGAAUAAGAAUUAUAAGAAAGAGAGGGUUGCUUAUGUCGAAUUCGAAGACGGAGAGUCUGAAAUCACUGAAGACCCUUAUGGUCUUGAGGAAUUCGAAGUAGAUUUGGCAUAA